AUGGCGGACGGGAGCGGGCGGAGCGGCAAGAACGGCGGUGGCGGAGGGGGAGGGGGCGGAGGCGGCCCCGGCAAGGGGUCCGUGUCGGCCGAGCAGGUGGUGGCCGGAUUUAACCGGCUGCGCCAGGAGCAGCGAAGCUUGGCGUCCAAGGCGGCGGAGCUGGAGAUGGAGCUGAACGAACACGGCCUGGUGAUCGACACGCUUCGGGAGGUGGACGCGACCCGGAGGUGUUACCGCAUGGUGGGCGGGGUCCUCGUGGAGCGGACGGUCAAGGAGGUGCUGCCCGCCCUGGAGAGCAACAAGGAGCAGAUCCAGAAGAUCAUCGAGACGCUGAGCCAGCAGCUGCAGGCCAAGGGCCGCGAGCUGAACGACUUCCGCGAGAAACACAACAUCCGACUGAUGGGGGAGGACGACAAGCCGGCCGCCAAGCCCGGCGCCUCCGAAGGGGCCGGCGCCAAGACCAGCUCGGCGGGCGUCCUGGUCUCCUAGGCGACCCCGGACCCCCGUGCCCUCCCCCCCUUAGCGUGUCGUUAACUGCUCCCCGUCGCUGCUCUUGUAUUAUUUUUUGUUAAUUAAAUGGUUCGAUCACGACGGCUCGGUCA